UUUAUUGAACCCCGGAUACAGGCCUGAUGUGUGUACUCAAAAAGUAUCCAUAGGUACAAAUAGGUGCCUAGUUUAUACGACAUGACUUUAGAAGUAUCCAUGCUUAAGAAGAAGAAAUCUUCUAUGCAAUGAACUAUGACAAUACAUUUUCAUACUCUUUAGGUAGUUUGCAUGAGAUCUUAGUUCAAACUUCAUUAUUAUACACCAAAAAAUGAUAACACGUUUUGAAGUGGACUUUGACGGGGGAGAUGGGGUUCACGACCCUGCUAGUUUUAGGAGACAAAGGAUUUUUAUAGAGGACAGGAAAGGAAUUUUGAGUACAAUACGAAGCUUUUAGUUGAUGUAAAUUUCUAUUUGAGAGGAUAGGAAAGGAGACAGAGGAUUUUUUGGGUCAAACCAUACGAUGAAGUAAAUUGAUUUGCUGUAAUAUUUUUAUUGAUCUGACAUCUGAGGGAUCAGCCUCUCGUGAUCAACAUCAGUGGCUUCAUCUCCCUAAGAUUAUCCCCUUUGGCACUUCAAGUACUACCAAUAUUGAUUAAAUCAGACUAGUGAAAUGUCAAAAGAAAAAGACUCAGAUGACAAUCAAGUGGAUACAUUUUCUGAUUCAGUCAUGUUGGAGAGAUUUCAUACUCUUGUGGAGAUUGACAAUCUGAAUCUUGAACCAGAUUGGGACCCAAUUACGGAGCUUGAGAGCAUCUUAUCUGAUAGUUAUAAUAUGUCUUCCAUGUCCACUCACUCAGCAACUAUUUCACAAAUUGAAGUCCAUGGUACAAAUGUGGCAGCUAUCCUUGAAAAAUUGGAGGUCCUUUUGGAAACCUCCCUUGAAAUUCUCUCUUCUGAUGAUGAAGUCAAGCAACAAUUCCAUCAUGUUUUGGAGCAACUUAACCAAUUUAAAGAUCAAAUCCCUGUCAGGCUUCAUGCUGUGAUUUACAAGUUAAAAAGUUUCAUUGAAGAUGUUGAUAUCAGAUAUGCAACUGCCCAAAGAACUAUCCAAGACUAUGAUAAACUGCUACAGUCAAGGUCUCUUCUAUCAAAGAAUUUGGAAAGUGCCAAAGCUCAACAGGACAAAAUUAAUUUGAAAGUCUCGGAAGGUAAAAUACAAUUUGAAAAGAUUAAUUCUGAGAUUGAUGAACUAGAACACAAGUUAUGUACUUUGGUUAUGACUAGAGACAAGCUAAAGAGAGCCUUGGACAAUUGUGCUGCUGAAAACAACAAGUUAAAGACUCAGGUUGCCAAAUGGGUGCCAGAAUGCAAGAGUAUCAUCACAGCUUUGAAGGAGUAUGAGACUUCUUACAAAGUGGCCCUAACCAAUAAGAGGAAAACCGAAGAUGAAUGGGCUGAUCUGAAGAAGACCUUUGUAGCUAAUAAGAUUUGAAUCGUCUCAGUUUAUGCAUAUCUUGACAGAGGUCUUAGCCAUAUGCUCUUAUUUCACUAUUUUCAUUAUUUUCUCACCUUUCUAGGAUGACAAUGAACAUUUUGGUUUCUCUUAUGUUACACUGCAAUUUUCCUUGAUAUCUGUCAAUCUGUUUAAGUUCACAUCAAAUUAUUUAUUUUGCAAAUUUACUUUCA